UGGCGCUGCCAUAGUCCAAAGAUCGAGUACUGGGAUGCUUUGAUCGUGCGUGAACAGUUCCUCGAACUGACAACCUCCACAGCCAAAUCUUGACGUACACGUAACAGUUAUGGCAGCCUCGACACAAGGGCUCACACCUGAGCAGAUCGAGUUCUUCAACAAGAAUGGCUACCUUCUUAUCCCAGAUGCACUUUCACAAGAUACAGUUAAGCAGCUGCUGGCUGAUACCAACAAGAUGCUGCACGGCUUCGAGUUAAAGGACCACCCAAUGACCAAGUUCUCCACCGGUGGCGAUGACGGCGCAGACCAUGUAGGCGAUGCAUACUUCCUGGAAUCUGGGGAUAAGGUGCGUUUCUUCUUCGAGGAAGAUGCCUUUGAUAAGUCUGGGAACCUGACCAAGCCCAAAGAGCGCGCCAUCAACAAGAUCGGCCACUACCUCCACGAGCUAUCCCCUUCCUUUCGCGAAAUAUCCCUCUCAGCGAAGAACGCAGCCAUAGCACGCGACCUCGGCUUCCACGACCCUCGUGUUCUCCAAUCCAUGGUCAUCUGCAAGCAACCUGAAAUUGGCGGCGCAGUACCUCCACACCAGGACAGCACCUUCCUGUACACAAAUCCACCAAGCGCGGUGGGGUAUUGGUAUGCGCUCGAGGACGCGACGAAGGAGAAUGGAUGCUUGAGCUUCGCAGCAGGGAGCCACAGGCGCGCGGCGGUCAAGCAGAGGUUCGUGCGGACGGGCGAGAAUGGCAAGGAAGGCACUGGCUUCAUUGACAAUGAAGGACCGCAAUUUCCCAAUGGCUUGCAGACAGAGUCUGGUGCUGACAAGGAAGAAGUAUACGAUAUGGGCGAGGUCAAGGCUGGUACACUAGUGCUCAUCCAUGGCAACAUCUUGCACAAGAGCGAGAAGAACACCAGCCAGAAGAGCCGGAACAUUUACACCUUCCAUGUUAUUGAGGGCCAGGAGAAGUACGACGAGAGGAAUUGGCUGCAGCCGCCCGCGAGUGGGUUCUCGAAGCUGAGCGUCGGUGCGUAGGAAUGAAGGUAUCGAUGAUACUAUGAUAACUAUGUCUUGCUCUGCACACAUAGCGCAAUACCGCC